GUGCUUCAGUUUAUAGAUACCACUCGUACGACGAACAUCGCGGUACAGUUUUCCUCGAAUCUGUUAACAUCGCGUCUGUCAAGAAAUGUCUGUCAAGAAGUGAGUGACAAGUAAGUGAAGCAGACAAUUGCAUUAUCUAACGAACAAAGUGUAUGUACAUGGUGCAGCACAGUGGUCUUGUUUCGGUUGUUCAACAGCGUCUUCAUGGAUUAAGUCGGUGUCGAAACGCUGGGCGAGAAAGCAUGCCAGCGAGAAAAUCGGCGAUCGAGGAGCAGAACAACGUUCCUCCUCGCGUGAAGCUUUGAGGAUCCUCGAGGGACUCGGUGGCUUGCAAGAGAGAGCGAGAGAAAGAGAGCGACGGAACACGCUUGCAAAUUGCCGUGCAGUUACGCGGAGCGAGUAAAAAGUACAUGAUGGAAAACGUUCGCGCGAACGCUCGACAAGUGGUCGUAGCCUCUGAAGUGUCGUCACCAAGAAGCUAAUCGCAGUCAUGUCGAACGAGACUAAUGCGACGGACGAUUUUCUCGACUACGACAUCAACGAGUCGUUGAGUUACUUCGACUGGACGGAACUUGGACCUGUCCUCGUCGUCUACUCCUUCACGUUCUUCCUCGGUUUGGUCGGAAACGUCGUUAUCAUCGCCUCCACACUGUGCCCGAGAUUAAGACCUUUACCAGCAACGCCAACGAACGUCUUUUUGGGUGGUUUAGCAACGGCUGAUCUUUUGCUCAUAAUCUUCUGCAUUCCCGUGAAGGUCGCCAAGCUGUUCUCGUUUACAUGGACCAUGGGCCUGUUCCUAUGCAAGUCGGUGCAUUAUAUGCAGAGCGUGUCGGCCAUUUGCUCGGUCAUCACGUUAACCGCAAUGUCGAUUGAAAGGUAUUAUGCGAUAGUUCAUCCGAUGAGGGCGCAGUAUACAUGCACAAUAAGCCAAGCUCGUAAGAUCGUGAUUAUAACUUGGGUAGCGUCGUUCCUGCUUGGGAUUCCGAUGAUCUUCACACAGACACACAAACUAGUGGGAUUGAGAGUAACCGCCUAUUGGUGUGUUCGUGACUCGGAUAUUGGACUUCUAUGGCGUGCACAUGAGGUUUACAUGCUCGUCUUGGUUCUCGUACUACCCCUGAUUGUUAUGGCAUUUUGCUACACGGCCAUUUGCUGGGAGAUUUGGCGAGUCAUGAAGCGUCGAUACCAUAUGACAUCUCGACAUGCAUUAAAUCCGAAUAACACCGAUACCGAAUCGAUACCCAUGACCCAAAGACAGAGCACGCGAAACGGACGACGUAACUACCGAGCAGACGGUCAGACAGAAGAGGAAUCUCGAACCAUGAAACAGGUGGUGAAGAUGUUGGUGGCCGUGGUGGUGUUGUUCGCCAUCUGCUGGGGUCCAAUCCUCGUGUACAACGUGCUCACCGCGUACGGCUUCUUGCCGAAGGUAAAAACAGGAAUGGGAAAACACCUCAAUACCAUCUUUCAGCUGAUGGCUUAUUUUAACAGCUGCAUAAAUCCGAUCGUUUACGGAUUUAUGUCGAAGCACUUCAGGGAGAGCUUCCUAGCUGCAGCCUGCGGCGGUUGGUGGAUCUGCUGUCCAAAAAAGGGCUACAGGGCGCCCGUCAAGAGGCACCCUAGCCUCAGCCAGACCAGGACCACGAGUGUCAGGUGGACUUGAUUCUUUCGUUGUGCCCGGCCCACGUCGAGGCAACAGAAUCACAGGUAAAAAAUAUAAAGAAUACAGGAGAGAGGAAGUGUCGCAAGAGCGAGCCGAGAACGAGAAAUGGUCGCUGGGAAGACUGUUUUCCGAAGCUCGACGAGAGGACUUUAUCCGGGACUGCGGGUCGAUUAUCUCCAAGACAUCUCUAGGGAUUUCAGAAGAGCUUCCUUAAAUGUACCUACUUGAUGUUAAAAAGUUGCAUCGUAGGAUGCGUUAACUUUAAAACUAUCGUUUCAAGAAAACUUUCAUCUGUCGACUUGCCCGAGCCAUGACGGGCUAUAAGCAACGAAAAUCUCUGGAUUAUUCAUUGGUUACAAAAGACAUUUACAAAUUGUAUUUUAUAAAUGCAGUACCUCCCGUUUAUAAGAUGCAAUUUUAACCUGAAUAGAUGAAAUGGAAUAUUCUGAUCUAAUAAUCAAGUUUUUUUUAAUUUUGUAUUUGUCCUGGUGAAAAUGAGUCCAAACACGGCUAUGAAUGUGUCGUAUUUUACGUUAUGGGAUCGAGAGCACCAGCAGCUGAGUAAAAGGCCCUGAAUGGUGCGCAAUCCGGAUGCGUGUGAGACUGUUUGCCGUCAAUUGUCGCUAGGUGGGGAUCGUAAGUAAAGUAUAACGACACUUCAUCAAAAAUACAAAUCAAAGUAUGUAACGAUAAUUAGAAAUUAUUUAUUACACGUGUUAUAUUAAUUUUAAUAUCAAGCUUUGAAGAACAGACUUGAAAUCGAACUCAUUGCGUCGUAGAUUUAUUUUAACAAAAUCGUAUGGAGUUUAUUGCAUGCUAACAUUGCUUUCCCAAGAAUAUUCUACCUUUCUCGUGCAAAAUGUUUUCAUUCCAUUCUGAGUUGAUUUUUCUUUUUUACGGAAAACACUACAAAGUUGCGGAACGUGAAAGACAAAUAACAAGAUGCACAACAUGUUUGAAAUCAUAAAUAUAGAACAGCAGGGUUCAUGCAAUAUUUCGAUAUUUAUCAAAGUUUAAAAAAUUUCAAAUGUUCCAUAUACGUUGGAAACUUGACAAAUCACUGAGGUAUUAUUUAUAGUAGUUAAAAUGAUAUUAGGGCUCGUUUUCAUCAGGAAAGCAGUGGUAAUCCACUGAUAUUACUCCUACGAAUAAAUAACGAAAACCAUACCAAUGUUAAAAGAUGGUUUGAGCUGAAGUUAAAACAAAUUAAGCAUUUUGUAGAUGCAUGAAUCAUAUUUUGUUCUUGUCAAAUAAUUUCGAUUCACUAGCAUUCAUUCCUCAUCAGCACAUAUUUGAAAGAUUAAUUGAUAAUUCAUUGCAAGAGAUCCAAAAUUACUAAAUGCAAAUGUCUUACACGUGUCGAAUUCGAAUUUGCUUGAAAUUAAAUAAUUAAACUGGAAGGAGAUACGCUACCUCUCCCAGACAUAAGAAAACAGGCAAUCCAGAUUCGGUUUCUUAUAAGUGGGAGAUACUGUAUAAGAAAAAUAUUACAUUCAUUUCUACCAGUGAGUAUUAGCCGUGGGAACCCGCCAACUUUCAAUUAAUUGGAUCCAUCCAGCAACUCAGCGGGAACGAUUUGUAGUUAACGAUGAUUGAACGUGCAACGAGAACGUUAGACGAACGAGAUACAUCGGUCUGAAAGCGGUGAAACAUUUUAAAUUAACAAGUUGUACGUUGGCUCUUUAACGAAUAAACUUUGCGAAAGCAUGCGUGCAAGGUGGUCUAAUUUUAAAGCUGAUACCUGAAUGUUUCCUUUGCUUAUGGAUGUAAGAAAGAACUGCUCGGGAUAAAAUGAAACUGUCUCGGAUGGGAAACUAUAGUAAUAGGAGAGAAACUGUACCUGCAUUAAUUUUUCUUGGUUAGAUAUAUCGGACGUACGUCUAUAUUUUAAAAAUAUAAGGUGUGCACUUAUGCAAAACGAAAUAUUAAUAUCAUUAUACUAAUUAAUAGAAUAAAAUAAUCGUUUAAAAAUAAUUUCGUUUUUGUAUGUUUUACAUAUUAAUGUACGUCAUAAAUGCAUAAAAUUGACCAUCUAUAAGCAUCAGACAUAUUCAGAUAUUCUUAAUUUAAAUUGUCAUAUAUUCGGGUAUCUGUUCCUAUUUUUUAUUGGUUCCGAAAUAGCUUGCAUUAAGUAUGAAAAAUGGAACAUCCAACCCACGGAGCUUGCAGGGUAAACUCCCAAGAACUGUUCCUCGUGGCGAUCGAAACGAAAUCGAUCAAAGAUCACACGUCUGUCGCUCAUCUAUUUAUUUGUUGUUUAUUAAAGUGCUUAACUAUAUUACAUUAGCUAUUACACUGGAUCUAUACAUUUUUCCAUGCAAUUAUUCUCAUUCUUGUUAUCAUUACUUUGUCUGACAUGACUCCUAUAUUGAUUUAAUACUGUUUGCAGUAUCUCUGCAACGAGACGAGAUUUCUACGAUCUCGAUAACACUAUAAUGUAGCGUACUCAAUUACUUAUUCGUAUAAACGCUUAGGAAUUAAUUCAGGAAGAAUCUCGAUGCAUCGAACUGACAUGCUUGAAAUUAUCAUCGAUUAUACGUAGGAUAGAAAUAUUCUGGUAACAAAUAAAGAUACACGAAUAGUCGAAACCAGUAAUUAUGUGUUUACGUUUCGACAUUUGUAGUGGAUCCUUUCUAAGAAAUGAUUAAGGACUUAAUUUCCUAUACUAAUGUAAUUAACAUUACCGGUACGCUAAGUAUCGUUAUCUCAGUAUUGCCAGAAAAAUAAUAUUUGUUUGUCCUUACGAAAUAGAAUAAAAAUGUACAUCGUGUCAUAAAGAAAAAUUGAGUAAUCAGUAGCAAAAUUGAAAUUGCAACAAUUGAUUUUUGAAAAUUUAUUUCGUAACAUGAUGUCAAUCUAUAUUUUAUUUUCUAAGUAAAAUCAAAUGUAGUUCCUUUGCGAAUAUUGAUUCAACAGUACUCCUACCUAUCACUAAUAUUAACAACGUUAUUGCAGAAAAUUAAAACCUUAUUCAGCUUUAAAGUGUCCACAACAGCUCGAAAUUUAAACUCGCAAUUACUUCUUUCGUUCCUUCGAGUGUUUCUAGUAUCUAUUUAAUAAGCAUAAAUAGAUAGUCUCAACUCCGGUAAUCUUCUAAAAAAAAUAUACACAAAGAAACGAAUACACGUUUCUUUUAUCAUAUCAUUCGAAGCGAUCACUGUACAUCAGAGACGCGCAAUCAUGACAUAAUCGUGUAUUCGAAUUAAAUGUAUAUAUUUGUCCACCGAGAAUCUCUGUCGAUUUUCGAAAUAAAAUGGGGAAACGAAUCGCUAAUCGAUUAGCGAACACAAAUACGUAAGACGUUUACGUAUCUCGUUAAUCGUGUUUAAAUUGAUCACGUUAAUCGAUUAAACUAAACCGCCUCUGACAAUUAGGGCUGGGACUGCGUAGUGAUGUUUUCUUUAUUCGAGUAUUCGAAGAUCGAUAAUUAAAAUAUUCGACAAGUAGAUAUAGUCUGAAUAUUCGAACACUUCAAAAAAUAAAAUAUUCGACAAGUAUAGCUCGAAUACUAUUCAAAUACUCAAGUAUUUAAAUGUAUCACCGAUAUCUGUGUUGUCGAGGUAGUCUAAAUUUAUGAAUAAUUUCUUACUUGAAUAAUAAUAGUCGAAAAAUGAUUAUUAAACAAAUAUUCGAAGUUCGUUCGUAGCAUUCGAAUAUGCGCCUGUAAAAUAUCUGAGUAUUAAAUUAUUCGACUAGUUCCAGCCCUUACAGCGAAUGUGGCUUUCACAGUGGCGCGAGUAGACAUCUCGAGCUCCUGAGUUUAAUUUUUAAGAACCUCGAGCGCGUAAGUGUGUUUUCCUUAUCCUGCUUUUACGUGUUAGAUAAGACAAAUAUGUCGAACUGUUAGAGAUUUUCCACGUCGUAUUCUAGCAUUCCCGAAUGGUCCAAAUGAAGAAUCGAUGUAGCCGCAGGAUAUAACUUUUGUAAAAUAUCCCUGUUGACGUGGUGGCUCAAUUACGCGACUAAUUAAAGGAACGAACGUUAAGCAAGUUUAAUGACUCAUUACUCGACAGCCUUCGUUCGCGUUAAUUAUGAAUUCGUGAAAGCGUAUAAUUUAUACGUGAUUGCGAGGUAUGUGAUCGCGCGCGUGGAUGUGUGUGGGUGUAUGAAAAUUUAUUUUAUCGAUAGGGUGAAACAUGUUUGUAGUUACUAUACAUGUGCAAAUAUGUUUGAAAGGUGUGCUGGAGGUUGCCUAAGUCGUGACAUGGUCGUGGAGUCGUUUCAGAUUCACGACUCGACAGACUUUAUAUUGUUCCGCAUUUUUUCGUUCGCCAUCGCGUAAUCCGCGAUCACGCGGCGAUGGUCCAAUCUCCGCACUAUUUGUUUGCAUUUAUUUUUACAUCGACAGCCCGUGCAACAACAAAGUGUAUCGAUUUUUUUACGCCAACGUCUGCGUGUAAAUAUUCGAAUAAACUACGAGAAAAACGUGA